AUGAAGAGCAUGUUCCUUCUCUUCAUUUUGCUGGGAGUAGUAUCUGGAAGAAGAACCCCACUGCUUAGGGGCUUACCUGCAACAAGUAUUGUUGAAGAAAAUGCACCAGCUGGUGUUUCCAUUUAUACCUUCAAUGUAACUGGUUCUCCAUUGUCUUCUGGUGUUGUUGCAAUACAUCCUACCAUAGUAAAUUCGAAUCCACUUACGGAAGCAUUUGCUAUUGUAUCUGCAGGAGAUCUUAUGUACAGGGUUGUUACCACAGGAAACCCUACCCUAGAUUAUGAAACUAUGCCAAAGCACUUUGAUUUACAGAUUUUUGUUGAAGAUACUGCUGGGAGGACUGACCUCAACAGACUAACUGUCCAAGUAGCAGAUAAGAAUGAACGUCCUGUGUUUUGGGGAAAUAUGGCAAUUCAAACUGUGAGGAUCUAUGUCUUAGAAGGAAUGCCUCCUGGACUCAUCUACAAAGUCAAUGCAACAGAUCCUGAAAACGGUGAACUCAAAUAUUCACCACUCCCUGAAUCAGUGCCAUUCCGGGUCUUGGAAAAUGGAGACAUUUUUUCAAGAAAAAAAAUAGAUUAUGAGAAGGAUCCACACUGCUAUUUUUUAAAUAUAACAGUGACAGAUCCAGAAGGACUAAACUCUACUAAAACAGUGAAUAUAAAUAUAAUUAACAUCAAUGAUGAAAGCCCUUACUUUACCACAAAACAAAGAAUCUACAGGAUUCCUGAGGAACAAAGCCCAGGAACUGUUGUUGCCAAUAUAACAGCUAAAGAUCCUGAUGAUGAAGACUCUCCUAGCAGACUUUUCUACAGCAUCCAGUCUUCUGACACAUAUUUCUCCAUAAAUCCAUCAACUGGAGUGCUGCAGGUGUCCGGGAGAAUCGACCGCGAUGUCCCUCCCCUGCAGCUCCAUCCCAAUGUCUCCAUAGUAGUCCGGGUGGAGGACAGCCCUCGUGGGGGGCACUCCAGUGAAAUGGAGAUCACAGUCAUCAUUGGAGAUAUCAAUGACAACCCACCAGAAUGCAAUCCCUCCACCUUCAGGAAAGAAAUAAAUGAAAAUACUACUGCUGGGAUAGUUCUUCUUGAUCUCAGAAACAGCUGUAAAGAUAUUGAUGUUGAUCCACCAAACAAUCUAUUUAGUUUCACUGGAUUAUCUGGUUUUGGAAGCAACAACUUUGCUCUGGAGUCUGCUGAGUCCGGAAGACUUGUGAUGACUGAAAGUAUUGAUUUAGAAAAUCCAUCUAAUCCAGGAAUUGAAGUUUAUUCUUUGACUGUCAGGGUGCAAGAUAUCGCCUCUCCUAACUACUCAAGCAAGUAUCCUUUUUACACAUUUUUAAAAAUAUUUUCCUGUGCUGCAACAGCAUGGAGAGAGGAGUACCAUAUGUAUUUUGAAUAUAUGCAUGAGAAAAUUUCACAGCCGUGCUUAACUAUGAUUUCAUCUUGUGUUAUAUUUCCAGAUACCAUUUACAUUUAUAUCAGGAUAAAGCCAGUGAAUGAAUUUUUUCCAGUGUUCAGUAGUCUAUCAUAUGAAUUUAAUGUUCCAGAAAUUACUAAAGUUGGAUCCAGUAUUGGAAAAGUGACUGCCAGUGAUGCAGACUGGCCACCCAGUGUCAUCACUUAUUCCAUUAUAGCUGGAGGAGGGACCAAGGAUUACACAAAUGCAUUCUGGAUCAGCCCAAUUAAUGGAGAUGUGAAAAUUUUAGAAAGAUUAGACUAUGAAACAACUCAGAAACACUUUUUCACAGUGCAAGCCUCAGACCAAGAGAAGACUGCAACAGCAUCUGUAACUGUCAAUGUUUUGGAAGUAAAUGAUGAAGAACCCAUUUGUUCACCCAAUUUCUAUUCAUUUCAAAUCCCAGUCAGUUUAGCAGUUGGGACCAAUGUCAAUGGUUUCAGGAUUCAAUGUCAAGAUCGUGAUUCUGAUCCCAGGUCUUUCCGUUACUUCAUUGAAGAAGGCAACGUGAACAAUCAUUUUACCUUUUCACCAGUGGCUGGCUCCAACACAUCUCAGCUGAUUCUUGCAUCUCCCUUUGACUAUGAGAGUGGGCUUGAUACAAAAUGGAUUUACAGACUGCGUGUCUAUAUAACAGAUGACAAUUUACUAUCUGCCAAGAACAAGGCUACACACCUAGUUAAAACUGGAACAGUGACUUUAAGCAUCAGAGUUAUCCCAAACCCAACAACUGUCACUACCACGACACCGGGCUUCACAGUGGUGACGAAGAGGGAGAACCUCUACUUGGACUCAGCGUGGUACGUGCCAUUUGUCACCACGCUGGGCAGCCUGCUGCUCCUGGGACUGCUGGGGCACCUGGGGGCUCUCCUUGCCAGGUGGCUCUGUGCCCGCUGCCCAUCUGCACCCCAAGCCGACGGCACACCUCUGAUAAAUGCUCCAGAAAAGAAGAAACCUAAGAAGGAAGUGGCUUUGGAAAUGAUAAAACUCAACACUGUCUUUGACGGAGAAGCCAGAGACCCAGUCACUGGCAAAAUGUAUGAAUUCAAUACCCAGUCAGGGGCCCGGAGAUGGAAGAAGAAUAAUGAACCCCUCCAGCACACUGCAGCCGUGCAGGUAAGGUCAAGUGCCACAGGCAAUGGUGGCCAAGAGACAGGCAGAGCAGAGGUGCCAAGCGAAAAAGUGACUUCAGAGAAGAGGAAAGAGCCAAGAGAAGCUGCCAGGCCCUUGUCUGGGCCAUCCCAAGCACCAGGCCAGGACGGGCUGGAGAUACCGAAGCAGAAAGAGGAGCCUGAGGACAGGGAGUUACCUUCAGCAGCCCAGCAGCGCAGACACUGACUCUUCUCCCUGAAUGAAUGCUGCCUUUGGUUACACCAGGCCUAAAGCUUUCUGCCUCUCUCAGCUGCAGAACAUCAGGUGGCCUCUGCUGUAGACCCAAGGGCAGGUUGAAGCUGCGCUUAACAUUGACAUGUGUGGUAAGACUGGGAGAGAAGGGAUGGAAAGUAACAGGGCAGUGACUGUGAUCUGGGAGAAUGCAGCCCCUGCUUUUCCAUGUGCAGAGACAGUCCCUUCAGGCAGCAGAGUUUAUUCACUGAGAAAGGAAGGAUGUGAAAGAGUGAGAAAAAGAACCUAAAGCACCAUAAUGGACAGAAGCAUCUGCUGCCCCCUGGGCUGUAGCCUCUGGCAGCUUCCUUCUGGGAGAGCUCCUUGCCCCCAGACCAACAUGGCCAUGUCCCCAGAUCACUUCCAGGGGGGGCAAUGUGCACAUGGACACUGUGAAUGGGGCCAGGAGUGCAGCUGCAUGGAGAUCUGAGCGUGAGGUUGGCUUCUGGUUCUGCUGUCUCUGCUGAGUCUGAAAAGCAGAAUGGGUGAAAAGCAGCUUAGAGUUGAAAAGUGUGCUAGUGACAGCUAGAAAUAUUUUCGUUCUGUGUUUUAUUUCAUCCUUCCCUCUCAUCCAGACUUGCCAUAGAAAAGAACAUAGCUUGAAAGCAGUUUUGGAGUGGGGACAACCUACAUCUUGUCAUGGCAACUAAGGGUCUUAUGUCAAUAUUUUCAGCUUAUUUCUCUUUUGUACCAUGAGCAGCAUUCAAUAGCUUCACCUUUGGUAUUUCCUUUGGCACAUUCAGUGUUUUACAGAAUCAAAUGGAGCACACUUAAAAGAAUAAUUACAGUAAACACAUGUGGUGAAAUAAUCUUUUCCAAGUGUGAGCGUGUAUAAUAUAAGUGCUGUCUAGGAACGUGAUGUAAAACAAGCAAACCCUGCAAGAUUUCAGAAAAUUAUUUUAAUCGGAAGAAAAUUAAUUAUA